GCCCACAAGAACCACGUGGAAGCAUGUAAAAGCCAUGACCAUGCAGACCUGUUGGCCUGCUAGCCCCUUUUAAUUCCAAGCCCUAAUUAAAUAAAAAGUGAAAUCUAAACUCCGUCGUUUUUACAAAUCUAAAAGUUGGAGCUAACCAAGGUGUUAUCACUCUCGCUGAUCUUGAGUUUUGAGAGCUUUAUAAAGUGAUGGACAAGAUUAAACUUGCCCAAUUAGGGGAAAGAAUUAAGACUGGUGGGGCUCAAAUGGGACGAAUUGUUAGUGGAAAAAUGAAGGAAAUUUUACAAGCCCCCACGCCCGAAUCAAAAAUGGUUGAUGAAGCAACAUUAGAAACUUUGGAAGAGCCUAACUGGAGCUUAAAUUUGAGGAUAUGCGCGUUGAUCAAUAGUGAGGAGUUUAGGGGGUCAGAGAUUGUUAGGACAAUAAAGAAAAAGAUAUCAGGUAAGAGUGUUGUGAGCCAGAGAUUGAGUCUUGAUUUGUUGGAGGCAUGUACUAUGAACUGUGAGAAGGUUUUCUCUGAGGUCGCAUCUGAGAAGGUGUUGGAAGAGAUGGUCAAGAUGAUAGAGAAUCCAGAGACAGAUCAGGAGAACAGAAAUCGAGCUUUGCAGUUGAUUAGGGCUUGGGGAGAGUCUGAGGAUGUGGCAUAUCUUCCAGUGUUUCGUCAGACUUAUAUGAGCUUGAAAGAAAGAAUUGUGCCUCCACCAGUAGGAGAUGGGCGUAUGCCGCCCAUGCACUCCUCCUUGGAGUCAUAUGUUCAUCAAGAGCCACUGUCUCCUGAAAGCUAUCCUGUUCCUGACACAGUGUUGCAGAGCAGAGAUUAUUUUGGUUUGACCUAUAAUUUUGGGAGCCUUUCAGUUGAUGAGAAGAAGGAACUUAUUCUUAUAACUCAGAAUAGCGUUGAUCUGCUCUCCAGCUUGUUGAAUACUGAAACAGAACCAAAACCCAUUAAGGAUGAUCUGACUGUGAGCAUGCUUGAGAAGUGCAAGGAGUGUCAGCCUGGCAUUCAGAGGAUUAUAGAAAGCACCACUGAUGAUGAAGGGAUGCUUUUUGAGGCACUGAAUCUUCAUGAGCGGCUUUUACAAACCAUCUCCAAAUACGAGGAACUAGAAGCUGCCCUAAAAUCUGGAGGACAACCUGAAAGCUCUGCUCUCACUGACCUGAAAUUACCUUCUGAUGUCAGAGCUCAACAUGAGAGGAAGGGAGAGGUGAAUGAACAUGAGACAGGAGCAGCAGUGAACUUAAACAAGAUUAAUGCAGCAGCGAAAGAAAAUGAUACCAGAACAGCAGUGAAUGAAAAUGAGACCAAGGCGUUGGAUUCCACAUAAGGGCAGCGUCCUGAAUCCAUUACAGAUAAGAGAUGUGUUGAAUGACAAAGAGCGACGCUUUGGUGUAAGCUUACAGUAUACUAUUGUUUAAUUACUCUUGUUGCCUAGUAAUGACGUUACGAAUCAUCAGUUAUGAAGUUGUUUUUGUUAAUAGAAUUUCAUGUAAUUAAGAUUAUGGUGUUUGUGCUGUUAAACAACUUGUUUUUCAAUUACUGUAUAUUUUUACAUGCUAAUAUAGUUGUUGUAUUCUUCUUUGGA